AUGGAGAAUUCAUCCGAUAUAGUUGUGAGAGCAAACGAACUCGUCAAAAAUGUCAUUGAAACAGCACAGACCAUCGUGGGCUGCAGGCCAGUGGACCAAGGUGCCCUGUCUGACUACAAGAUGAAAAACAUUGAUUGGGUAACCUGCAAAGACUUCACUGUUGAUAUCGGAAAAAAACAAAUUGAAGAGUAUAUUAGCACAUGGGAGAUUGACUCUAGCUGGCUUUACAGUCUAGAAUUUGUUCAUGAGAUUCAGUUGGAGUAUCAUAAACAAUAUAAUUACAGAGCACAGUGGAGCGUCCCGACUCGAAGAACUCCAAUUCCUAGGGGAACAGCUUGUGUUUUCUUCGUCAUCGAGAUCUCAAAAAUCAAACCACAAACACUACCGGUGGAGGUCUACUUCUUCGUGGAAUCAAACAGAUUGAUAUAUCGUCCAGGAAAGACGAGGUUCAGGGAGAAGUGGCUAAAGGACGUCAUCGAGAGCAAGGCUUUUCUUCAAGACACGGUCAAGUUCUGACUUGACACCACCAAAACAAAUAAUAACUGACUGAUCAUUGUUGCUGGUGACAGCUAGCACUAGUGCUAGCUAACAGUUAACAUGUCAACAAGCUUUUCCUCACAUAAGCUAACGCCCAUGGGCCUGACAUAAACGGCAUGUGUAUACUAAAUGUUUCUUUGUAUUAAACUUAAGAUGUUGUCAACACUAAA